GUUGAGUCAAUAGUUGGAAUAGGUACCUAGCAUUAUUUCAUUUUCGCAUAAAAUAACAUUUCGUUAACAGAAGAUACCUAAUUUAUUGUGGGGCGGAUGGCUGUAAUCUGAUCUGAAAACGCCUACUUACUAAACUACAAAUCGAUAUCAUGGCUAUGUCCAAAGGCUUUAAGGUACUAGAAAAAUCAUCACCGCCUAAUCCCUACAGUAUAAUUUUGCAGCAUAGAAAUAAAGAUGCCUCGCUGCUUUUCGAAUCACAAGCAGUGGUAUCACUUUCGUCUCAAGAGACGGAAACAUUAAGAAAACAAUACCACAAAAUAGCAGAUGCCUACGGUUGUUUGGGAGUUCUACAACUAAAUUCUGGUGAAAGUUGUUUGCUGUACCUAGUGCUCGUGACAGGAUGCUGCUCCGUGGGCAAGGUAGGCGACGUCGAAGUCUUCAAAAUUACUCAAACACAAUUUCUGCCUCUGUUCUACCAGUCUCAGGGAGAAGACAAAGUGGGAGAGGUAAGGAAAUUGUUAAAUUCUGGGACAUUUUAUUUUUCUUGGAACAGUGGAAAAUCUACUGACAACCUAUUCGACUUAACUUUGUGUUCUCAAAGAAAGAGCAAAGGUGCAGCCCCUGACAACAGAUUCUUUUGGAACAGAACUCUGUUUAUACAUUUAAUUAGAUAUGGAAUUGAUUGUGAAGAUUGGCUCACAAGGGCUAUGUGUGGUUCUGUUGAAAUACGUACGAUUUAUGUGGGCCACCGCCAGGCUCGGGCUGUGUUGGUCUCCAGGCUGAGCUGCGAGCGAGCAGGAACUAGAUUCAAUGUAAGAGGCUGUAAUGAUGACGGCAAUGUAGCUAAUUUUGUUGAGACUGAGCAAGCUAUCUAUAUUGAUGAUUCGGUUACCUCCUACAUACAAACCCGAGGCUCUGUACCUCUGUUUUGGGAACAGCCUGGUAUCCAAGUUGGAUCUCACAAAGUGAAAAUGUCUAGAGGUUAUGAUGCAUCAACUAGUGCCUGUGACAGACACUUCUCACAAUUGAAACGCAAUUAUGGCAAUGUGAUUGUCAUUAAUUUACUGGGUUCCAGCUUGAUUGGUGGCAGUGAAGGUGAGGCAACUCUGAGCAAUGCUUUUCAGAAACACCUCAAUGAUUCAGCUCAUUCUGAUGUCACACAAAUUAUUUUUGACUAUCACCAAGAAGUUAGAGCCGCACAUAUAGAAAAUACACUGAGCAAGUUCAAAAAAAUUGUAGAGAAAUAUUAUGAUGAGAUUGGCAUCUUCAGUGCUAAGGGAUCAGAUAUAUAUAAUAUACAAAAAGGAGUCCUCAGAACCAACUGCCUUGACUGCUUAGAUAGAACAAAUUCUAUACAGACAUUCAUUGGCAUUGAAAUGUUAGCCAUUCAGAUGAUGUUGCUUCAAUGUGUUGAUAAAAAACAGAAUGUUACAAGAUUUGAAGAAGUAUUUAAACAAAUGUGGGUAAAUAAUGGAAAUGAAGUUUCUAAAAUUUAUGCUGGAACUGGAGCCAUACAAGGAGGCUCAAAACUUAUUGAUGGGGCACGAUCUGCUGCACGCACCAUACAGAAUAAUUUACUGGACAACUCCAAGCAGGAAGCCAUUGAUAUACUUCUGCUGGGCUCAACAUUAAAUUCAGAACUUUCUGAUCGUACAAGAAUAUUAUUACCCUCUAAUAUACUGCACACUUCAACUCCAGUGCUGAGGGAAAUGGUGCGUAGAUGUAAUGAAUAUACACAGCCAUCCAGCAUUCGAAUCACUAUUGGAACUUACAAUGUGAAUGGAGGUAAGCACUUCAGGAGUUUGGCUUACAAAGAUGUUUCCUUGGCCGAUUGGUUGUUGGAUUGUCCAAAUUCGGCUUUAGUAAACACUGUUAACUUAAAAGAUCAUCCCUCUGAUAUUUUUGCUAUUGGCUUUGAGGAAAUAGUUGACCUGAAUGCCAGCAAUAUUAUGGCUGCUAGUUCAGACAAUGCCAAAGCAUGGAGUGAAGAGCUAGAAAAAGUUUUGUGCAGAGAUGCUCCAUAUACCCUGCUCUCCAGCCAUCAGCUUGUGGGUGUGUGCUUGUUCAUUUUUGUAAGAAAAGAUCUGAUUCCUCACAUAAGAGAUGUUGCAUUAGAUUCUGUAAAAACAGGAUUAGGUGGUACCACAGGUAACAAAGGAGCUGUAGGUAUCCGCAUGGUUAUAUAUGGUACAUCACUAUGCUUUGUCUGUGCUCAUUUCGCCGCAGGCCAAAGCCAGGUGUCAGAGCGCAAUGCAGAUUAUACUGAGAUAACAAGAAAAAUUGCAUUUCCCAUGGGAAGAUCUCUAUAUUGUCAUGACUAUGUCUUCUGGUGUGGCGAUUUUAACUAUCGCAUUGAUCUCGACAAAGACGAAGUGCGUUUGCUGGUCUCACAAAAUAAUAUGCAGAGGCUACUAGAACAAGACCAGCUCCUACAGCAAAAGGCUUUAGGGAUGGUUUUCAAGAAUUGUUUUGAGGGAGAAAUUACUUUCCCACCCACAUACAAAUAUGACCUUUUCAGUGACGAUUAUGACACAAGCGAGAAAUGUCGGGCGCCAGCGUGGACUGACAGAGUCCUUUGGCGAAGUAGAAAACACACCAUAGAUCCUGAAUGCGCGUCUGAGUUGUCCGCCGGAAAAUUACUGCACUAUGGCAGAGCAGAAUUAAAACAAAGUGACCAUAGGCCUGUUAUAGCCAUCCUAGAAAUAGAAGUAUUACAAGUGAGUUACACAAAAUGUAUGGAAGUUUUUUAUGAAGUCGUCCAAGACCUCGGUCCUCCUGACGCAAGUAUUAUUGUACAACCUGUGGAAGAAAUCAAUAGCGAAGAGUCUGUCUUUGACGACAAUAUCAUGGCAGCUGUGUUGCAAGAACUGGCUACUAUCGGGGAAGUCACACUGGUGCGUUUUGUAGAUGAACAAACACUGAGCAUAACAUUCAGAGAAGGACAGAACGCAUUGGCAGCGGCGCAAAUGGGCAAAUUGUCUGUUUGUUCGAUUCCCCUAGCCAUCACAUUGAAAUCGCCAAACUGGAUCGAGAUCGUUCGAUCUGAAAUAGGAUUGUGCUCCAAUAAUACUGUUCCGUUGUUUGGGGAGGUGCAGCAGGAGCGUCCGUUGAGAUCAGCGCCGCCGACGCCGCGCCGGCAGCAGCCGGGCCGGCCGCCGGCGCCGUCGCCCACGCCGCUGGUGCCGUCGCGAGCACCCGCCGCCAGCCCCGUCCGCCCGCCGCCGCCUCGGCCAGCUCCGUUGCCACCUGACGCUGGUAACAACGGGGGUCAGCCGCCGAUCGCCUCGCCGCCGGCAGACAGCAUGCCGCCGCCGGCGUGCGCGCCCCCGCCGCCGCCCCCCAGCAGCACCCCUCCCCCCGCGGGCCCGCCACCCCCUGUGCCAGCGCGCCAGGGAGCUCCGCCCCCGUUACCGGCACGUCCACGACCCACUUCGUAAUUGAAUUCAUUUUCAUGAAAUAACUGAUACUUAAAAAUUAAAGCAGGAUUAUCAUAGGAAUAGGUUUAUAUAUUUAUUGCUUUUGAACGUAAUUUAUUCAAUAUAAAUGUAUGUCCUCGAGGACAACUCGAGAUUGCAAUUAUACUUAA